AUGGAUGGCCGUAUUCGAAACUCCGUAUCCAAUAAAAACCAAAGAGUUGUCGUCGCAUAUCACCGCUAUCAGAUGUGGUCCCUGGUCGUGAACCACAAGAGUUUCCGCACCAAGCAGAAGCUUGCCAAAGCUCAGAGACAGAACCGUCCUAUUCCCCAGUGGAUUCGUCUCAGGACCGGUAACACCAUCAGGUAA